AUGAAGCUCUUGCUCAUCUCGAUUCUUUCUCUUGCGUUCGUAGCUAUAGCUGCCCCUUCAGGAGCCGACUACGAUCUGGUUGGUUUCGCCAAAAACAACCCAAUUGGACCGACCACUGGUGGCGCUGGCAAGGAAAGCAAGACUGUGACAGUCUCUUCUGUCGAUGCUCUUGUCUCAGCUGUUGCUGGCACAGAGCCAAAGAUCAUAUAUGUUAAGGGCAACUUCAAUCUGACAGCGCGCCUGCGACCUGGCAGCAACAAGUCAAUCAUCGGUGUCGGAAAGGGCGCAGAGAUCACAGGAGCAGGUAUCUCGAUCGUCAAUGCGACAAACGUCAUCCUCCGCAACUUCGCCAUCCGCAAGAUUGUGAACAACGAUGGCAUCACCAUACAGAACAGCACUCGCGUCUGGAUUGACCAUAACGAAUUCAGCUCCGAAAUCUCUGUCGCGAUUGGUUCGGAUUACUAUGAUGGGCAACUGGACAUCGUUCGAGCUUCGGACUGGAUCACUGUCUCUUGGAACUACUUCCACGACCACUGGAAAAGCUCUUUGAUUGGUAACAGCGACGCCCUGAGGGAUGUCGACACUGGCCAUCUCCACGUUACCUACCACCACAACUAUUGGAGGAACUCUGGCACUCGAGGACCCGCUGGCCGCUUCGGUCACCAGCACAUCUACAACAACUUGUAUCAAGACUUCCUGUACCAGGCUAUCCAUAGCCGCAGCGACAACCAGGUUCUCGUUGAGGGCAAUGUUUUCACCGGUAACACACGGGAGGCAUUGAGCACUUACGGGCUCGUUGUUCCUGAGGACAGCCCCAACACCAGCCCUGAUGGCGACUUUGAGAUUGACGGAUUUGCGAACCUUGGUGCGAAGAACGACUUUGGCAAGGCCCGCGUCAACAUCACCCAGGUUGGCAACUUCACCAAGGCUCCUUACAAGUACAAGCUUACUUCGCUCAAGGACGUCACCAAGGUCGUCAAGCGGGGUGCCGGUAUUGGAAAGAUCUAG